AUGGCUGUCGACGAGUCUUUUGAUUGCGUUUUGAUUGGAACUGGAGUCACGGAAUCUCUUGUUGCGGCUUCAUUGUCUCGAGCUGGCAAACGGGUCCUACAUUUGGACGAUUGGGAUGUUUAUGGAAGUGAAUACGCUGCUCUGAAUUUACGUGCUCUACUUACGUUUCUGAAUUCGGUUGAUGAUACUAAAGGAUCUAAACCAACCGUAUCGCACUCAUUCUCAAACGUCGACAUACAAAUCCACGUCCCACAACGUGUCUCAGAAGCCGCAAGAGAAGACGAGGAAGCAUUCCACCAACAAGUCGUCGAAUACUUGCAACGACAUCCAGAUCUCGUCAACGUAGCAGCCAAAUCCCUAUCCAAUGAAUCCACCGAAACAUCAGCAAUUCAUGCUUACCUAACUGGCACAUCAAACGAAGCCAGUACAGUCACCCUCAACAAGAUAUCAGUUCUUUUCGAACUGCUACAACAACAUCGACAAUGGAGUCUGGAGCUGACUCCCAAAGUGUUUUUGGCGAGAGGCGAUAUGGUAGAAUUGCUGAUAUCGAGUGGUGCGAGUCGGUAUGUGGAGUUUAAGGCGCUGGAGGGGGUUUAUAUGUGUUCGCCGAAUGGGAUUGACAGGGUGCCUGGAUCCAAAGAAGAUGUAUUCGCAGAUAACUCUGUAUCGCUAAUCGAGAAGAGGAGGUUGAUGAGGUUUAUGACUUCAGCACUGACGUUUCAGGAUCAUCCUGAUGAGACCAUUGAUUACGAAACACAACCAUUCGACCAAUUCUUGGAAGCUCAACAAAUUGGAGCAAGGAUGCGUGAAGUGAUAAUACAUGCUCUUGCCAUGUCGGAUCGAUCUGAUAUCUCAACAGCUCAAGGUCUAGAGCUCUCAAACCGCCAAGUGCAGUCUCUUGGUCGAUUUGGCAGGACUGCAUAUCUGUGUGCGCUUUAUGGUGCUGGUGCUGAGCUAUCUCAGGGCUUUUGUCGAAUGUCAGCAGUAUAUGGAGGAACCUACAUGCUCAACUAUGCUCUUGAGUCCAUAACACGAACAUCCGAAUCAAAAUGGAAGGUGACUGGUGUCGAUGGAACGACCUUUUCGUCACCGUGUUUGGUUGCUUCUGCUAGUCAUGCGGCUUUAGUAAAGGAUAGUACAGCUGAGAGCGAGAACAUAUCUCGCCUCAUGCUGAUUUUGGAUGGGUCGGUGCACACGGAUGCAAACUUGACGAUUUCUGUGUUUCCACCGACUCGAGAAUAUGCGAUAUACGGGAUUCAACAUUCGUUUGACACGAAUUCGUGUCCCCUUGGGAAGAACGUGCUGUAUUUAAUGACACGAGCAUAUGAUGGAGCCAAAGACGAACUAAUGGCAGCUGCAUCGAAGCUGGCAAAUCUUCAUGAAGCUGGAGAAUCAACAAAACCAAACUGCCUCCUUUCAAUCUUCUACAACCAAAGACGCAUCGUUGCUCCAACGCCAUCAUUACUUGACUCAGCAAUGUAUUGUAGUACUCCCGGUGCAGGACUCGAUUUAGAUGAUUGUGUUGAGGAAGCCAAGAGGAUAUUUACUAUUGUGUGUGGUGAAGAAGCUGUGUUUAUGCCUGCGCUGGCUAGUGAGGAGUCUGUCGAGUAG